CUUUAUUCUAAGUGUGUUGGAGGAGAGUAAAAUCGUGAACUUUAGAUAUAGCUUAGAUCUACAGAGGACUAUGAUCACCUCUUUACUCUGGUUAACUACCUAAUGAUAUUGGAGAGUUCUUCUUAGUCCAGAUAACGAUCGUUAGAAGUAACGUACGAUUGAUGAGAGUUGACUAGGCUGGCUGACAGGUCAACCUGUGGGGCUGAGUUACAGAGGACCUUCUCUUUACCUUUGACCUGUGAGCUGUUCUUGACAGGUCUGCUACUAUGGACAGAGUCAACUCUGCAAUGUCAAUACUACCUACUACAGACAGAGUAGAGGUGACAGAGAGAGUGAAACUCUACAUCGUCAUCACUUCUGACCUGAGUGGACGUACCAUGGCUUUCUACUUGGAGAUAGUGGGAGACUGAACAAGAGAGAGAGAUCAAGGUGGACAGAGAUAUAAAUGUGACUUUGAGGGACCGGAGGGGUCUGAGCUAAGGGGGGCUCUCUUGGAUUGACACAGAUAGACAGAGAGAAGGAGAAAAAGAAAGAGGGAAGGGAGAGAUCUACCUCUCUCUCUCUCUCUGGGACAGUGUGUCAAGAUGCAGUUGUUGUUUUUCCAUGAGGUGUGGGAGAUGGAGGGAUUGCAAACCGUGGGGAUACUCCUGGUGGUCUGUAGCUCCCUCAAACUGAUGCACUUCCUGGGGCUCAUCGAUUUCUCCUCAGAAGACAGCGUAGAAGACGACUUUGAGUUGUCCACUGUGUGCCAUCGACCAGAGGGUCUGGACAAACUACAGGAGCAGACCAAGUUCACCAAGAAGGAACUAAAGGUUCUCUACAGGGGCUUCAAGAAUGAGUGUCCAAGUGGAGUGGUGAAUGAGGAAACCUUUAAAGCCAUCUACUCUAAAUUCUUCCCCCAGGGUGAUUCGGGUGCGUAUGCACAUUUCUUGUUUGAGGCCUUUGACACUAACAAGAAUGGAUCAGUUAGUUUUGAGGACUUUGUGUUCGGUCUGUCUAUCAUUCUGAGAGGAACGAUAAAUGACCGGCUAAACUGGGCCUUCAACCUGUACGACCUGAACAAAGACGGCUACAUCACCAAAGAGGAGAUGCUGGAUAUAAUGAAGUCUAUCUAUGAUAUGAUGGGGAAGUACACGUAUCCCUGUAUGCAGGACGAAGCGCCCAGAGAACAUGUGGAGAGCUUCUUCCAGAAAAUGGAUCGUAAUAAUGAUGGGGUGGUCACUAUUGAUGAGUUCAUCGAGUCAUGCCAAAAGGAUGAGAACAUCAUGCAGUCCAUGCAGCUGUUUGACAACGUCAUCUAGGAGCCUCUGACAUAGAAAAGGGUCUGGAGAACAGGGGAGGUGUGGGUGUGAGUGUGCACCUGUAUUUGUGUGUUUGUGCGCGUGUGUGCGUGCAUAUGUGUGUUGUGGGGGGGCUCCGAGAGGGCCUUGGACAUUGACCCUCAGCCCCCCCCCCCCAAAUCGUGACCCCUCCUUCUAGCUCCUUUCUCUCCGCACCCACUCCAAGCCAAAAGGAGGCGCUUCCUCUUAUCCAACCCUUCAUCUCUUCCAGAGACACAGAGAAGAGAAGGGCUGGGUCAUAGACUCUGAUCCACACCCACAACCACACCAAGGACCUGUUCAGGAAUGUGAAAUGUUACAGAAUGUUCAGAUAGAAAUGUGUUGUGCUGAACAGAUAUGAUUGCCUGUUGUUUGUAAUAGGGAGUCAAUUGUGUCAGCUCUAUUUGUCUAUCUGCAACGUUCGAGGUGAUUUGCCUCAUUGAAUACACUCGUUUCAUUAACCAUUUUAUUAUUUAACACUCCCGUUUCUGAGAAAGCUGCUGUAGCCUGCUGGCUGGACUCAACAUAGGAUUAAAUCCCCCUACUCACUGAUCUAAGGUCAGUUUUGCAUAUCCCCACCUCAUGGUUAAGGUUAACGUCAGGAGUGGUUCAGCGGAUGGCAACUUCUACCAGAGCAGCUAAACUCCUGACACUUCUGUCAUCAAUACAGAGGUAACUAGCGCCACUUAGUGGACAAAAGGAGGAAAGGACACCUGGAAAAGAGAACAGAACAGAAGUGACUGAGGAUCUGAAGGAUGAGACUCACUCUUCACAAACAGAAGAUACAUAGUUGUUUUCGAUAAGGGACUGAUUUUAAUAUCGCAUGAUGAUGUCUUUAAUAAUAACCUAUAUAUAUUUACAGAAAUACUACAGCCUGUCUGUUGUCUGUCUGCCUAGAGUCACCCACAGGUGCCUCGCUCCGUGUAUGUGUGUGUGUGUGUGUGUGUGUGUGUGCGAAUGUGCAUGCGUGUGUACGUAUUUGCGUGCGUGUGAGAGAGAGGUUGUACUGGCAUUCCCGUCUCCGGUAGGAACCCAUUCAGAUUUCAACCCCAUGAGACCUCCUUCGUACUAACACUAACUUAUCCUCUGGCCUUUAUACCUGUUACCUUAGCUGUAGGUGUAUGCUGACUGUUGUACCUCUUCCAAUAACCCUGUUGUCAAGAACUACUAAACAGUCUGUGGCGCUAUAUUGAUGAACAUGCUGGUUGGACCAUCUAGGCUCCCGAAGACCCCUUUCUGUAUUUACAGGUGACUAACUGAUGCAGUGAAUUAUGGGAAUUGAAGUUAAAUUCUGUAAUAAAUAUAAUGAUUAUUUUGCAUUAUACUUAUCAUACAGUUUAAAGAGAAAUGCUUUCAGUUUUGAUCGACCAUGAAAGAGCAGCAACAUGUCAAGAACAAUUGAAUCUCCUUCAGAAUCCAAAUUAAGCCUCUUGUUACAUGUCUACGUGUGUGCUUGGGUAGGUGGGUAUGAAGACAGCAGUAACGUUUCCUGCCUCCCCCCACUGACACCAAAGAGUCAGGCACACCAACUGAAGUAUUUAAAGCCACCCUCAGUUAUAUCAGGGUAUAAAUAGACACAUUUGUGAAACGUGAGAGGGAAGAGAGAAGAAGCGAAAGAGAGAUUGGAGUGGAAAGGAGAGUAUGUUUGUAUAUUGUGAGAGAGUGAAGAUUUGUCGAUUGAAUAGUAGUUUCCCAAUUCUUUGCCAACUUGAUGCCGUUUCCUACUGGGUGUUAAAAAAGGCUGUUUGAAAUGGGGUGGAACGCCUGCCUCGUGGUUCUGAAUAGAAUGCUGAUCUUUUGUAAGAUAACACUACCUGUACCCAUCAACUACUUCCUGUGUCUUUCAUUAAAUGACAUUAAUUACUUCACUUUCAACCCCCCCC